AUUUAUGUCAGAAGAAUUAGCAAAUACCGUCUACCUUGGUGGAAUCCCAGAAGAUGUGACUGUGGAAUAAAUUAAACACUUAUUUAUAACCUUCGGCGAAAUUAAAUCUGUAGAUCUGCCUAUUGAUAGUGAAACAUGUAUUUAUUAUGAUUAUUGAAGUAAAGAAUAGAGGGUUUGCAUUUAUAGAAUACGAAGAUAUCGAAGAUGCUGAGGCUGCAAUAGACAACUAUGAUGAAGGCGAAUUGUUUGGCAAAAUUGUCAAAGUUAAACCAGCUAAGCCAUAUAAACCAAAGUCAUUUUAUACUAAACCUGUUUGGCAUUCUGAAGAUUGGUAAAGGAAAAAUAAUGAAGAAUACACUUAUAAAGAGCGUAUGAGAAGGGAGAAAUAGAAAAAGAGAGAUGAAGAAGAAAGGAAAAAAGAAGAGGAAAAAGCAAAGAAGUAUCAAAAGAAAUAAUGAUUUGCCAU